AUGCCUUCCAGCCCUUUUGGCUUAUUUGGCGUCGAAAGUGACGAGGAAAACGCGACUGAAUUAUAUGAAAAUGCUUCGAAUUCAUCUGAAAGCCCUCGAUAUCGACCAUUACAUUCCUCUCCCAACUCGACUUUCAGUGAGAGGUUAAAGAUUGCAAGAAAACUUAUUCCUUCGUAUCCUGGCAGAGCAAAAUUAGUGAAAUCCAAUCAUGAGAUGACCGGAUUAAAGAGAAAAACAGAUGAAGAAAACAUCAGCGGUGGAUUAGAAACUAGUAAUUGUCCAAUGGUUCGAGAGUUUCAGAGCUUCCUCCGGGAACAUGCCAUCAUCAUGGAGUUGUAAGCGCUAACUUACCUUCAUGUUGAUAUAUUUUAGAAGCUUAUAAACAGAUCUGUAGUGAUGAAAUUAGCGCUAUAGAAGUGUACAUUGUUAUUAUUAACGUACCUUUACAUUCAGUUAUCUCGCAUUGCAUGAUUGUACUAUAUAUCCUUGAAAUAUGUUGGUCGCAAUUGUUUUUUUGUUGUUGUUAACCUGUGUUUGAUAAUAAUUACGGCAAUGAUAUUUCACACUUCACGAAACCCAGCUCGAUAGUAAACUUUUAAUGACAAAUUAAAUGCCCAUUAUGCAGCCCCACCAUUGAAUCUCACAUCCUCAAAAAUUCCCAACAAUUAAAAGGGACAGUUCAAGGAAAAUUCAGGAAGGGUUGGGGGAGAGCUAUAUACAUGCUAUAUAUGCAGAAAGCCUACCAGCUAUAUUAAGAUACCUACAAUCGGCAACAAAAUGAGUUGAGACACUUCGGUCUAAACUGAGCUUUUUUACGUUUUACUGACUUCAAAAGGGUGAAAUAUAGCUUUUCCUCCCCCAUCCGGCCCUCCAUGCAAUGUUGUGCCGCUGUUUGAGCUACCUUUAGAAAGCAACAAACAACUCAACUUUGAAUGGAGAGGACAAGGGAGGGGUGUGGAUUCUUUUGUUCUCUGAAGUUACCCUAUUUCAGUGCAAUGUCUCAACAAUUUUGUCGCCCAUUUUAGGAUAGCUCUUAUGAAGGCAGGAAAAUCAUACCUGGAUACAUCUAAGGCUUCUGUUUAUGCAUAAGAACAGUGAUUUUGGCACGUUUGCUAAAACAGAUGGAAACCACACCACCACCAAACCCUCUCAACCAAUGGCUCCAGCACAAUGUUCAAAGCGUGUGAACAACUUGUUCCAGCUCUGUGUUACUGCUGUUCAUACUAAACUGGACACAAAAAACUAUCCGCUAUAGUGUGAACAUAGCCUUGGAGUCAUUUGUUCAAAGAACACUGCCCAGAGCAUCUCAGUCCACCACAAUGCGGCUCUCAAAGAGGGACUGCAUGUUAAGAAGUCUUUAAAUAUUUAAGACAAUUUAAUUUUAAGACAAAGGCGGGGGUAGGUAUGUGGUCCCAGUCCUUACUUAGUCUGCCCAUGAAAAGCAACAGUGGGACCAGGGGGGGGAUGGGGGGAAGGGGGUAGGUGCUUGGAAUUGAUAGAGGCACAACCAAUGCACUAACCCAUAAUAUUGUGAACCCAUACAACCCCCAAUUCCCCCAAAAAAUGGUCGGGUUUGACUGCUCCCAUAAUUAUAUGGCUGCAUGGCUCUGUAAGCAGUGAAGAUGAACCUUGGAAGUCAUCUGUUUUCAUUGCUUAUGUGGUCUGGCAAGGUCAAGCCUAAUCUUGCCCUGCACUCAGGAUGGCCCACUUUAUUCCUGCAAAAAUAUUUUUUUUGUUUGGUGAAACUCGGUGUCAGACUCACUCUUUAUAAUUUAUGAUAGUUGAAUUAAAAUGGACGGAGAUGAACGUAACCCAUGAAUAGCUCUGCGCUUUUUCCUGGGCAAUUCCAUGUAGCAUGCAUUUUGAAUGCAUACUGUUUAUUAUAUACUUAUAUAUGUGAACAAACUUAGUCAUGAAAUAACCAUUCGUAGGUUAAAUAAAGUUAAACUGUCUCUAUACUGUUUCACAUUGCAGCAAGUAUUUGAGUCAAAAUCCUCUCAGUGGAGUCUAUGCAGUACCCUCUCUAAACACAUUACAAGGUCAGUUCAAUAUUGUGGAUACUUACUUGCUGCUGAGCUGCUAUUAGUUAAAACAAAUGCAGAAAAAACAAUGUACUUGUCUCCUUGGUCUAGUGCAAUGAGCCUUAAUUAGAAUCGAAUCUGUCGCAAAUCAUGAAAAUUAACCAGUUCAGUGGCUUAGAUUUUACUACACAGAGUUUUAAUAAUUUCAUUUCAAACAAACCAAAGAGAAUGUCAAAUGAGAAGGACCAAACAACUUGCUGUCUUAUCAUUGUUGUUUUAGGUCUAGGAAAACAGUUAGGUGCUAGUGUAUGUCAUGACAGGUUAGCUUUAUGGAAAGAAAAUAUAAGUUCUUGGAGAUAUGUGGUAGGGGAGCCAUGGGUGGGAGGGGUGAUAGGGGUGGAAAGAGACUGGAGGUGUUAUUUGGAGUACUUGAUAGAGCUUUAAUCAUACAAGUUAGUAGUUUUUUAGCAAAUCCUUAGAGAUAUGUGGGGGGAAGGCCAGGGGUGGGACAGUGAAUGUAGUGUCAGAAUUUGAAUCCAUACUUUCAUUCACCAUUGUCAAAUAAACAAUUAUAUGAAUUUGUAUGCCUGCAUGAAGUAUUCGUACCAGUAGGCAUGAGGUUGCCUUACAACUGCCUAUAACAUUUUGGUUAUUAAGGGUUUAGCUCAGUGCUUUCUUUUUUUAGUGUGAACAGUUUGACUGCAACUUCCAACAGAUUAUCAUAACCUCCUUAUAUAAUGACACCUCUCUAAAUUAAACUGGCUGCCUAGCUUUAGUCCCUGUCAUUUUUCAGUCAUUUUCUUUGACUUCCAUUAAGAUGGACUCUUUAUUUAAGCCCUGAUGAGCAAGUCUCAAUGGUGUUCAUCUUAGAGAGAGAUAAUCACUGGAGCCACAGCUUGUUUUGUCAGUUACUGUAUUACUAUAUUAUUAAAUGUAAUGGCUUGAUCAAUUUUAUCGUUAGUCUGGCAUGGGAUAAUAUUCAUCAGAGCAGGACCUUACAGAAAUGGAAUCUUCAGGUUUAUAGUUAUUCUACAGGAUGAGUAAGUAAAAAACAGUGGAUAAAAAAACUUGACAUUGUUAUAUUUUUUCUUUAAUAUAUUUUAUCUAUCUCAGUUCUUAAUUUUUAGCUAUACAUACAAAGAGUGUUGUGUUUUUACACCAGUAAUUAUACGGAGACAGCAAUAGACCAAUUGUGAUAUAUUAGAAUUCACACUUGGCUCCAUUAGGUUGGUGGAAUAACACAAAAGAAAUCAUAUUGUCAGGCUCAGCAAUUGAAAAAUACAUCUCUUUUUUUAUUUUUCCCCCAAGCUAUGGAGCCAAGUACAAAUUUUAUCAAAAAUUGGUCUUAAACAACCUGCUACUUGUUGUUGUUGUUGUUAUUUAACAGCUUACUGCUGUUAAAUAACUGCUGCUUGAAACUACAUAUUUUAAACAAAAACUUUAUAUUGAAAAAGAAUCAGCAUAAAAGCUCAAAUAUAAUGCAAAGUUGUGUUACUGGCAUCUUUUCUACUAAUUAAGCCAGUCUUCAUCAGAAACUAAUUUAUGCAGUUAAUUUCAAGUGUAUUUGAUAAAACAAUGCAGCCCGACUGUUAUGUUUGAUUUUCAGUUUCCCUGAUAGCAGACCUCUUCUCAAGUUUACUACACCAGUGUUUCAUCCUCAAGUUCAUCCUGUUAAUUGGUAAGUGAGGACGCAGUGGCUGAAUGACUUGAGGUGAAUUCAGAAAGAGGAAGUGGCAAGUUGUUACAUUGUAGUGUAAUUUAUACUGGCAUAUGCACGUAAAAUGUAUGUGCAUAAAUAAAAUAGAGACAAUGUAUGAAAGGCUGCGCGUAAACAUAAGAGUUGAGCAGGUUCAACUGACUGUUUUGUUUAUGCGCAUAACCUUCCAUACAUUGCCUCUAUUUUAUUUACACGGGUAACAUUUUUGUGGGCUCACAUAAAAAUUAUGCGACAGUUGAUCCACCUUUAGUCCCUUUCCUCUUUUCCCCAGUUCAUAGUCAAAAAUGAGAUAUCAUAUAUUUAUUUAUUACAGUUAACUCUGGGAUUUAACCUGUUCACACCUGAGAAGGAUUGUUUUAGAAAUGAUGAAUUUAAAAGCCCUUGUCUUCAUAAAUUUCAUCAGGUUCAAGUUAACUGACAGUUUAAGGAGGCAGCCUAAUUAAAGUAAGCAUCAGGCUGUUGAGUAAAUAGAGUAGUUUCAGAGCAAGCUUAAUAAUGCUGAUCGAUCUUUCCAAUUUUGCCUCAUUGUUUUUGUACCUUUUUUAGGGUUCUGAACCUGGAGGUUUCUUUUCCACAAUGGGAAAGAGGAAAAAACAGUAUAUGGUGAGUGGCAGAGCUAUUAUGGAAUCUUUGGUACUUAUUUCAGCAUAAAAAAAUCGUACUUUGGUCAAUUAACAACUUGACAAACUUUUAACUUGAUAAUAGGUCAUUUACAUGAUGGCACCAUUUUACUGUGCACUUUUUAAAAUAAGUAUACCAGUAUCCAUUUCACUCUUCCUUUUUUUCAAUAAUUAAAAACUGCCCAUGAGUAAAUGGCCUGUUCAGUCCCUUCUAUUCUACUAAAUGAAGGAUAAUUCAGUCCUCACCAUACUGCUGAAGGAAGGAUAAUUCAGUCCCCACUAUUUAUACUGCUAAAGGGAGAAUAAAUUCAGUCCCAACUAUACUACUUAGAGAAGGAUAAUUCAGUCCCCACUAUACUACUAAGGAAAGGAUAAUUCAGUCCCUACUAUACUACUAAGGAAAGGAUAAUUCAGUUCCUACUACACUGCUAUAAAGGAAGGAUAACUCAGUCCCUACUAUACUGCUAAAGGAAGGAUAAUUCAGUCCUUACUAUACUACUCAGGGAAGAAUAAUUUAGUCCUUACUAUACUACUUGGGGAGGCAUAAUUCAGUCCCUGCUAUACUGCUAAAUAAGGAAGGAUAAUUUAGUCCCUACUAAACUGCUAAGGGAAGCAUAAUGUAGGCCUUACUGUACUGCUGAGGGAGGUAUAAUUAAGUCCUUACUAUACUAUUAAGGAAAGAAUAAUUUAGUCCUUACUAUACUGCUAAGGGAAGCGUAAUGUAGUCCUUACUAUACUGCUGAGGGAGGUAUAAUUUAGCCCUUACUAUACUACUAAGGGAAGAAUAAUUUAGUCCUUCCUAUACUGCUCAGGAAAGGACAAUUUAGUCCUUACUAUACUUCUAAAUUGCUCUUUCCUUAGUAGUAUAGUAAGGACUAUAAUUAUUCUUCCAUUAGGAAGUAUAGUAAGGACUAAAUUAUCCUUUUCUUAGCAGUAUAGUAAGGACUAAUUUAUUCUUCCCUUAGCAGCGUGCAAAGAAAGUAGUGUCCGACAGCCCGGGGCUAGUGGAUUUUGUUAUCGGGCUAGUUAAUUCUGUUUUUAACUUGCCUGAUGGGCAAGUGAUGAUUUUUGAGGAAUUCGAAUAACAGAAGAACUGUGAAAUCAAUUGUGCUCGUCAAAAAGCUUUUGGGGCUAGCGGAAAUGACGUUUGGGCUAGUAACUGCUAGCUUCUUUGCACGCUGCUUAGUCCUUAAAACUGCUAAGGGAAGGAUAAUUUAGUCGUUGGAAGGAUAAUUCAGAGACCACUAAACUGCUUAAGGCAGGAUAAUUCAGUUCCCUCUUUAGUGCUUACUAUACUGCUUGAGGAGGGAUCAUUCCUUUUUAACUGUACUGAAAAGGGAAGGAUAAUUCUCACCAGGCACAUUCCAAGGAAAGAUGAUUUAGACCCUACGGCUAAAGGUGGAAUAUUUUAGUCCCCAAUAUACGGUUGAAGAAAAGAUCUCCUGACGUAGGCAGCUGCUUGAAACAGAUUUUCUUUUUCAGGCAAGUCCUUAAAUUUUUGAAGAGUUGCUUUUAUAACGUGGACACAUGGGGAGGAACAAAUGAAGCUGCCAUCGAUACGUAAGUGUUUCUGAUCUCCUGUUAGGAAUGGAGCAGAAUGAAAUCUAUGUGAGUGAUAUUUCCCAUUUAACGCCUGAAGACUUCAGAGCGACUAGACACUUCAUAAACAGACGUAUGGUAUCAGGAAUAGGUCAUAGAGGAUCACACCACUCGUGGCUGAAAGUGUUAUCUUAUUAAAGCUCUACAAGAAUAAUUCCAGAUCUAGAUUAAUUUGCCAGGGCCCUUUAAUUCUAACCUUGAACGAUUAAGGUAGCUUAUGUUAGCCGACACCAUCGGUCGGUAUAUCGCCCUCGUGUCGGUCAAGUAUCAGCAGAGUGACAGGCAAGUAUCUAGUACACCGAAUCGGCCGAAAGCGUGAAUAAAUGUAUACACUGUAUAAAAAGUGCACAUUACAGGGCGCUCCAACGACCUUCCAUAUGUAACACACAUUCUUAAUUAAGCGAGGAUCUUGGUGAUAAGAAGAAAAAUAUGGCGAAUGUUUUUAAAUCAUUGUGUUUAGAAUUCACAGCGAUAUCGAGAAAUUCAAAGAUGAAGCAGAACUAUGUGCAGCUGAUUCAGUCAGAUUGUUUGAUGAUGAACUCAGUCAAGGCAGAAGCUCAGGUAUGUUGGUAAUUUAAAAUAUGUUUUAGUUAAGCUCUGCAACAAUUUUUUACUUUCCUCCACAAAAAAUUGACCGCUUCAUUUUUACAGUCCAUACUGGAGACCUGGCUCCAGUUCUUCAAAAGGUGGAUAACGCUAUCCGCUGGAUAAAUCUCUACCCAGAGUUGUGGAUAGCGCUACUGGUUUUCGUAAUACGUAUUCGCUAGAUACCGAGUUGUAAGAUGGAUAUCGCUAUCCAGCGUUUGAACAAUCCAGCCCUGCAGUGCCAAUCUAACUAUGCUGUCACAAAACCCUGUGGUGUAAUCGUUUAAUUAAACCUCUUAGCCAGUGCUAUCAAAUGAUACUAUUUCACAAACCGUAAUUUGAAAUUUCCCUAGAAUUCUCUCAUUGGCCUUUAUAUUUGGAAGUGCAAGCGCUUACUUGCAGAAAUCUACCUUACUAGACAGGGAGGAGCGGAGACGAAAGCUCUCAUGUUCGUAUCGCAUAGGCGACCCCAAAUGAAGGCUUAGUUUUUUGUUGGUUCGAUCUCUUAUUAUUUUUCCCAUGUUCAACAGAUGACGAUGGAAAUGUCCUCAGCCAGAAGAAUCUCAGCGACGUAGCAUUUAGAGAAGGGAAGAGAAUGAUGUUAACUGGGGUAAGAAUAGGACGCGUUAGGUCAAUGUAGAGUGCCCUUUUUGGAAAAAUCCGAAUCUGGGUUAAAUAUAAGCGCUUGCCUGAAUCUCAAGCAAAAAACAUAAAUUGGACAAAGGAUCUUUUCCGUAGCAACAGUGAGUGCUAUUCAGAGUACAGGAACAACACGAAACUACACAUAUCGUCACUUAGUCUAGAAAUUGCAUGCAAUAAAUUGCCUUUCAAAUAGGGAGAUGUGUCCGGGCCGCUUCACGAAAGAGACCCCAUUGUGGUUUGACUCUCGCAAGCGCCCACUUUCCGUAGGGCGACCACUAAAUCAUCGUGUGUGGUCACUUACAGGAGGUUCCCCUGUACAUUCAUACACUCGUUAUACAACUGAUCUCGCGUUACGGGGAGCCUGUAGUUAGCAGACACCCACAGCAUCCUAGCUAGUCUCCGCUUAAUACGGUUUCGUUUUCCAUACUACAAGGGAAGACUCAAUGACGUUUGUGUCCCCUUUAUUGCCUAGUUUCGAACCCAGCAGGGCUGGGAUAAACAACACGAGACCCAGAUAGUCAGAAAGAGCAUAUUGAGGUUGGGAAAAAUCUCAAGUUUGGUGUGAAUCGGGCCUAUAUUGAAAGAAAAAAAUAAAAUUAUAAGAGAUAUAUGGGUUACUGGACACACCGUCCGGACGUCUAUAUAUUUCUUGUUAAAUUUUGGAGUUUUUGAAUGGCUGUAUCUCGUUCAAUGUAAGCCCAAUAAACACCAAUCUUGCAAUUGUUGCUAACCUCAAUGUGCUCUUUCUGUCUCAUCUCUCUCUUUUGGGUCUCUUGUGUUUAUCUUAGAAUAAACGGACUAUACCCAGCCCCUCGCAGUUUGAAAGUAGGCAAUACAGGUCUCCCCUAAAAUUUUAUAUGGGUCCCUCUUAAUACAGGUUUGACUGUUCAACGUUCAACACUUCGAUACCAGUAGAUACCUAAGCUAAAACAUUACCGCCUGUUUCUAACUAUGCAUAUUCAUUCAGUUUGUUUUUGAAGGAGCCCGUGUUCCAUCCGUGUUAUUGAUAUUGUUUGGUGUAUUAUAUUACAUUACCAGGAGUUACCUUCAUGGAUGCCAUAAACUUAGGGUUGGGGCACACCAAGAGUCAUGUUUCAGGGACAAGUCUCUCAGUGCGCGACACAAAUUUGGGCAAAGUUGUCCCCGCGACAUGUGGCAUUAGAUUCAACUUCAAGAGGUCAAGAAGCAUGUCGAGGAGACAAAAUGUUACAAGGACCCCAUACACCUUCGUGUUUUCUCCCCGUUGUGCAACAUGUCCCUGCAGUUGAAUCGGAAUAGUUGAGCCAACCAGAGACAACGACCAGAAUUUUUUGUGAUCAUGCAUUGGGAAGGAAGGCAAGCUAAAUUAUUUCCCGCGACAUGUUCGUAUUUGUGAGACAUUGUGACUUUGGUCCUGGCCUGCCACAUUUGUCUGUUACACAGCCCUAUUACACGCCAGUUCGUUUUACUGCUCGUGAUUGUAUGCCUAUUGCAUAUGUCUGCUAGACAUUACUGUGUGUACUGCAGAAUUUAUCAUAGUUGCACGUAGCUGCAACAACUCCUUGCGGCCUGUAUCCUAAGGUCUCCAAACCUUUGACGUGAAAUUUACGCCUAAAUUAUAAACAACGGAAAAAUCGACGGGCCAGGCGCUCGUGGACUUACAGUAUUUAAUAUAUCAUUCAAAUUUAAGCUACAUAGAGAUAAUAUAUAUAAUUUUUUAUUUGAAGUGCUAUUGAAAUUGUGUAUUUUAAUAAAAUAGCUAUUGUCUCAUGAACCUAAACAACUGUUCACAUUACGG